AAGCCUGGGGAGGUGGCGGCAGAAUAUAAAUCCCCAUGGAGCAAGCCACUGAUAUGUCAGAGUUCUGUGCACACUUUGCUCCCAGGUUCAUUUGUUACUGACGUUUUGCUUAGGUGUAAACUUGAACAGAACUCUGAUCCGCCCCGCGGAAAAUGUACAAUCGCCUCAACUCUCAAAAUGCCACCAGAAGAAAGUAAUUUCUCCAAAACCGAGCGCGCAGAAGACCAAACCGUGCGCACGGGCGCAGGUGCAGAGAGCGCUCAGGAGUGUCCUACCCGCCUGUACAGGAGAAGAUGGCUGAUCGUUUUGCUUUUCAGCUCGUAUUCUCUGUGCAAUGCGUAUCAAUGGAUCCAGUACGGAAUCAUCAGCAACAUCUUCAUGCAGUUUUACGGCGUGAGCGCGUUCGCUGUAGACUGGAUGUCCAUGGUCUACAUGCUCACUUACAUACCAUUUGUCUUUCCAGUAACGUGGCUUUUGGACAGGAAAGGGCUGCGAGUUGUCGCGCUCGUAGCCACCGGUGUUAACUGCGCGGGCGCGUGGAUUAAGGUCGCGAGCGCCAAGCCGCACCUGUUUUGGGUGAGCGCGCUCGGGCAGGUCGCGUGCGCCGUCGCGCAGGUCUUCAUCCUCGGCAUGCCGUCUCACAUCGCCGCCGUGUGGUUCGGACCGAAGGAAGUGUCCACCGCCUGCUCCAUCGGCGUCUUCGGCAACCAGCUUGGCAUUGCCAUUGGGUUCCUGGUGCCACCUAUUCUUGUGCCCAAUAUAGAUGACAUGGAUAAACUGGCUUAUCAUAUCAGCAUUAUGUUUUAUAUCACAGCAGGAGUGGCCACCCUCAUCUUCAUUCUAGUUGUUAUUGUGUUCCAGGAUAAGCCAGCCCUUCCUCCCUCCCAAGCCCAGGUGGCAAUGCAAAACAUGCCUUCACAGGACUACUCUUACUUGGCCUCGAUUCGGAGGCUUCUCUGCAACAAACCCUUUGUCCUACUUAUCAUCACCUAUGGAUUAAAUGUUGGGUGUUUUUAUGCUGUUUCCACUCUGCUGAACCGGGUGAUCAUUGACUAUUACCCUGGGGAAGAGCUGAAUGCUGGACGAAUUGGUCUGACGCUUGUCAUUUCCGGUAUGGUGGGCUCUCUCAUCUGUGGCAUCUGGUUGGACAAAACAAAGACAUACAAACAGACCACACUUUCCAUAUAUCUUCUGUCGUUUGUAGGAAUGAUCAUUUACUCCUUCACUGUUAACUUGGGCCAUCUCUGGGUAGUCUUCAUUACAGCAGCAGCGCUAGGAUUCUUCAUGACUGGUUACCUACCACUAGGCUUUGAGUUUGCAGUGGAGCUGACGUACCCAGAGUCAGAAGGCACAUCUUCGGGACUUCUCAACUGCUCAGCACAGGUGUUUGGAAUCAUAUUCACCAUUUGUCAAGGCAAGAUCAUUGACUCCUACAGCACACUAGCUGGAAACAUCUUCCUCUGUGUUUUCCUCUUUUUAGGGACCAUCAUUACAGCUUUUAUAAAGGCAGAACUGCGGCGGCAAAAGGCGAACCUGCAAUCAGAGGCAGAAUCAGAAGCUAAACAAUCAAGACACCAAGAAGAUGGAAUAUCAUCUCUGAAACAGAGCAAGAUGUAGAAAUUAAGUUCUCCAACAUACAAUCCCAAUUCCAAAAAAGUUGGGAUGCUGGGUAAAAUGUAAAUAAAAACAGUAUGCAAUGAUUUGCAAAUCUCAUAAACCCAUAUGAUAUUCACAAUAGAACAUAGAAAACAUAUAAAAUGUUUCAAAUGAGUAAAUGUACCAUUUUAAGAAAAAAGUAAGGCAAUUUUGAAUUUGAUGGAGGCAACACGUCUCAAAAUAGUUGCAACAAAUGGCUGGAAAAUUAAGUGUUACUAAAAAGGAAAAGCUGGAGGAACAUUUUGCAACUAAGUAGAUUAAUUGGCAACAGGUCAUUAACAUGAGUAGGUAUAAAAAGAGUAUCUUAGAGAGGCAGAGUCUCUCAGAAGUAAAGAUGGGAUGGAAUCUGGAUGGAAGCAUAUGUUGCUCUAAAACUGUAUAUACCGUUCAGUGUUGAUGGUGCUUUGCAACAAACACAGGUUUAUCCAAAAAAGAGCUUUUAAACAAUAAAGACAACUAUUCACAGCCUUCUUUGCUCAUAUUUACCAAGGGUGCCUAUAUUAGUGGAGGGUACUGUAUAUGAGUGAGAGAAUGGAACAAUAUAUAUUUGGUACAAAAGUCAUAAAAUCUGAAAAUCAGCUGGCAAAGCACCAACACUGAAGUUCAGGGCAAUAAUGACCUGUGAAAUGUUGAUUGUAGUUCAUAGGAAUUUACUUGUAGUUUUUAUUUUUACUACUACAGUACAUAUAUUGCACUUUAGGUUUUUUAACUGGCAGAUGCUAGCAAUAUGAACAAUAUUAGGAUUCUGUCUUGCGUUUGUUUGACCACUUUUGAGCGCAUGGACUGUCUUUAUGCUGUUACUUUAUAUUAUAUUGGAUUUCAUGUAUACAGUGUAUAGAAUGUCCUAGCAUGUUGGUUCAAUGAAGAGCUGCUUUCAGUGGUGGCGUGUGGGAUUACUUGAUUGGCUAUUGGUGAUGCGUCAUACCUAUAAUACCUUACUGUGUGAGUGCCAAAAGGUUAAAGUUUGUGUUAAAAAACAUUCAUACAUUUAUAUAUUAAAACUGUACUAGAAGACUAGUCAAAGAGUAGCAAAAAGAUCCAGUUUAAAAGUGGCUGUCCCUGAACUCUAGGGGAAACAGAUUUUAGUCUGGGUGUAAUGUCUCUCAAAUAACUGAUGACAACCAAAUUUAUAUCAAAGUAUUGACCAUAAUCUCCUGCACAACCAAAAUAGAUCAAAUUAUUACACUAGCAUGAUGAGAUUCAGGUUGUACAUUUGUGACAAUUAACCCUGUCAUGGGUUGUGCUCACAAUCAUUAUACCUUUUCCCAAACUACCAAACAUGCAAACAAAACAACACAAAGAAUGUAAAGGACAUGUAUCAUCAGAACAAUUUGCCUGAAUAGAAAUGAAAAAUAAAAAUUUCAUCUAAUAAAUUCAAAUUGAUCAAAUUAACAAUGUAUAAUUUUUUUUAAAGGUUAAAUUAGUGAAUAAUGGAUGUAUCUAGUUGGUUCAAGGUUAGUCAUGGAUUCAACCCAACAUAUAUCAAGGUUAAUUUAUGAACCAAAAAAAUAGGCCAAAUUCUCUGUUAGUUUUAUUUUUUUAUUACCAAUUGUAACAUUAUUUUGCUAAAACCUGGGAUCAGUAAAACACACUAAUAAAAAAAUAAUACAGCUGUUGAAAUUUUUUAAUUUCUAAAGGCCAAUAUAAUCACAUUGAUAGACAUUGGCCUUCUCAGAGCAUCUGUUUGGUUGUAGCUGAAGUUUAGCCAUUUAGUGUACUUUUAAAAUCACUUACAUCACUUUUACCUACUAAUUUGUUAAAAUAGUUUUAUUCAGAUAUUUAUACUGAUAUGAGCCGAAUUUCUGUCCAUCAGACAAAACAAAAAAUGAAAUCUCUUGUAGAUUGCCAUCACAUCCGUACCAUAGGCUUAUAUAUCAUGUAAUGAGAACCACUGUUUAAAUAGACAACAGAUUAUUUUGUACACCUGCUGUCUGUGUAUAAUCCAUGCUGUUUACAUAGAAAGGUAGUAGGUACCAUAGAUAAUAGGUCAUCAAAAAUAAACAUGUAUAAGAAUUACAGGUUUCAUAUUAGCGUAGUACAUAAGACUGUUACAUAGUUGUUAUUUUUAACUAUAAAAGGUGUAGGAACAAAUAUACAGAUUAUGAAUUAAGCCUCUCAUUGCUACAAAUUACAUUUCUCACAUGGAGUUCAUUGGUAAUAUUACAUUUUACUCCAUCUUAGAAUGACACAAUGACUUUCUAGGAUCAAAGGUAUUGCAAUAUACAGUAGUUCCAUCAGCCCACAUCACAUUAAAGAAAAUCUCUAAGUGAAUAGACUUUUUCGCCCAUUCCUACCAAAUAUGUAACUAGGCCACAUAUUAAGUGUGCUGUAUUGAGUUAUGAGCUUAAGACUUUGGUGACCGCAUCAUAAUUUAUGUCCAUAAAAAUUACUUGUGACCGUGAAAUACAUUACUUUGUAUAAAUAUUAAUUAUUACUAUUUUUCUCCCUAUUACCAUAAUAUAUUAAUAUGUUUGUACAGAAAGGGCCAAAAGUCUGAGAGCACUAAAGAAAAUGCUUCUAUUUUGUAUGCUUUACAAAUGCAAUGCAAAAUGUUUAAUUACAAAUUAUAUCUGCACUAACUUAAGUGAAAAGAGUAUCUUACCUAAUUACAAAUGUCACGAAGAUGCUUAAAUUUAAACAGUGACCAACAAAUCGUGCAGAAUCUUAGAUAUUUAAGAUAUAAUUUUCUUUUUUUGAAUUAUUUCUAUAAACUUUGUUUUAUUUCCAGUUCUAAAAAACAAAAACCAACAGAAUAAAAUAAAUAAAUAAAUAAAUGAAAACCCCCAAAAUGCACCCAGAAUUUCAAUUUAAUUCAACCCUACUGUAUUGGCCUCAAUAUUUCCAUUCCUGGCCCUGCCUUAUUAAAAAUAACCACCAUGUCGUCUCGGCAGCUCCAUAUUAUUAAUAUUCCUGGAUUUCUGUAGGUCUCAGAAGUACUCAGUCCAAGGUUUUGCAUUGCUUCAGAUCCUGUUACAUGAAAGAAGACAGCCCAUCAUCACAGGGGACACUUGGUGUAGGAACCCAAAUGAAUCCGAAGACAUGUGAAAUAAGCCUAUGUGAUUAAGAUAUGUUCGCCAAAUAUUGGGCAUUGUGGAUUUGCAUGGCCGAGGAUAAGGCUCCCUGAGUAAUUGAUUGGAAAUAUAUGCUAUAUCAUAUAAAGCAUUUUUUAAAAAAAAUUAUAGCUGGCAAC